CAAAAUAAAGCGACACUCCACCGAAACCAAAUCCCCCCCUCUUCUCCACUCUCUUCUUCAAUUCUCCCCCCCAAACCAGAAACUUCUCUCAUUUUCAUCAGUUUCAUCUCUCACUUCCGGUGUACCUCAUAAUGUCUUCACUCACAUUUUCAGUGAAAAAUUCUGUAUUCUGGGGUUCUUGAUUUCUAGAGGAUUCAGCUUGUCAAAUCAUAUAUCUGUAUCUGGAUAAGCUUGGUUACAAGUCGUCAUUUUUCAAGUGUUUUUUGGUGAAGCCACGGCUAUGGGCGCGUUUUGCUGUUGUCCGUGUAGUGAAGAGUUUGAAGAGUAUGCUGGUCCUAGUAGCCAUUUAUAUAGACAUUGCAUAUGUCUGCGGUACUUUCUUCACCUAUUCAGUGGGAAUGGUGCAGCAUUCCAUAGACUUGAAGGCCGGUCAGCUGCAUCGUCAGUCCAAGGAGCCACUUCUUCAUCAACGGAGCUGGGCACUACACUACCCGAUAGUUCCUUGACUAGACCAAUGCCAUAUGAUGCUGAACAAAGGUUUACCCGCUUACAACGUGAUGGGUUGGUUUUGAGGCGUGAGAAGUCCGUGAGCAACAUUCAGGAAGAGAAUCAGUUGCUUAGAAGAAGCAAUGGUAGCUCUUGUGUAGAACCGGUGGGUGGAGGGAAGAAAUGGGAUGGCGUUGAGUCUGAUGAAGAAUAUAAAAUUGGUCGUUCAGAGUCCUCUAAGUCUUUAUCUACAAAGAUGUCGCAUGGACUAGCUUUUAUAAUGCCAUCUUCUGAGGACGAAGACGUCUGCCCGACAUGCCUUGAUGAGUACACUCCUGAAAAUCCCAAGAUCAUUACACGAUGCUCCCAUCAUUUUCACCUUGGCUGUAUAUAUGAGUGGAUGGAAAGGAGCGAUAGUUGUCCACUCUGUGGCAAGGAGAUGGAGUUUUGCGAAAGCCUGUGAGCUUCAUGUUUGGUGUCCAAGCGACCGAAAAGGCCCAAUGAAGUCUGUAAAUAAAGUUCCUUAAGCUUGUUCGGAAUAAGCUGACGGCAUGGCAAUCGGUCUCUUUUUUUCUGUAUGCUUUCAUGUCUGUAGGUAAGCUAUUUUGUAAUGGUACAAUCUCUGUACUUUCAACGUCUGUAAUGCUUGUCUCAUAUUAUAUAUCACUUGUAUAGGAAAAAACUGAUAUUGUUAGGUGAUCAGUUGAACUAAUUGUACCCACACGGUUCAUCUUAUUGACACAUCAAGAUUCUAAUGUUUGGCAUACAGUUAUCUCUUUUUGAA